AUGCAUGGAGCUUCAGUCGGAGCCACUACUUCGAUGCUGUCAGCCGCGGUCGAGUUGGGAACCAGUCAGAGACAGUUGAUGCGAACCAGGUGUUUUCGUUCCGCUUUGCGCUGUGGCUUCAGGGCGGUGCCGCCCCUCUUGUUUACCGAUUGCUCGCAAUUUCUGCACCAACAACGCAAUGCAAGUAGCUUUAAUAAGUUUGAGGCGGUCUCCUAUGCGGGGCGUUCUCGCAAUGUGGCUAAUGCUUUUAACCCACUAGAGUUAAAUUUGUUUGACGAUCCGACUGGUGGCCUUACUGCUGGUCCUGCGGAGGAGCUUCCAUCUACUGAUAUCGCGAGCCAGGUCCGGCUUUGUGUUGCCACAUACUCUCGUCAUCACUAUUACCUGCUCUUCACGCCUUUUGUAGACGUUAUGUCGAUUGUUUUCCAACUUGGUUUGGCUCCGAAUGUGGCGCGACCUGGUGAAGUGAUGGCUCGAUGGUUCACAGAUGCUGUGGCAACAUUACAGAACCCUUCUUGUAUGGAAGAGGUGAUGGGAUCGAAAGCAUGGCAACGACUCUGCGAGGGACUUGAUAAAUUCUAUGAAGAUGUGGAACCGGUAAUGCCGCUUACCGCUGCUGUGCGAAAACAUGGGCUACCGGAGAACUUGUUGGUACCUUUCAUGAGACAACUUGCUAUGGAUUUGUUGCUACCGGCGCGCAGGCGAGGAGUUGUGGAGAUCUUGCCAGGGUUGAUAUUAGGUCUUGCUAACGGAAGAGCACCUCCGGAACUUGGGUUUCCGGAGGCUGCGGGAGCAGCCGCAUCGACGUCCACAGCGUUAAAGGGUGCUGCUGAGGAGCUGCAACGAAAGCGAGCCACCAUGGCGGCAGAUCUCUUCCUUGGUGUAGGGCAGGAAACGGGAAACACGGACUUUGCCUACCUUGGUAUUCAGCUCCUGCGCGCAAACGACAUCGCAGUCCCUUUCCCAAAGCAAAAGCAACUGACCAAUGUUUUUUCCGCUGCGACAAGAAUUCAAACAGAUUGGCAGAUGCGGGUGAGUGGCCAACUUAUGGAGGUGCUGCCCAAAUGGAUGGAUUACUACAAAACGGUGUAUAGCGACAACAUGCGUGCCAUCAAGAAGUUACACGAGAAAAGUGAGACGAUACCGGAGCGGGGUAACAUCAAAAAUCCCGCUGCUUCUCGGGGUAAUAAACAAUCGCAGCAAACCCAAAAAGAGGGAGACGAAUCUGACGAAACACGGUGCACCGACGUUGGAAGUGACAAUGGCGAUGAUGGUAUGCACGACUACUUCACAAGCAACCGGAGGGAAAACAUUGCUCGUGUUGCCGAUCUAGAGAGUCGUAUUGAGGAGUGCGUACGGAAGAGAGACAUUGAGUGGCGUGACGACGGUGAUCAAUUGUAUGGUCGGUUCAAGCGGAAGAAGUCCCUGGCUGCUGGAGGGUCUUUAAAAAAUGACGUGACUAGUGAAGACGUGGCGGAAGGAAAGGAUCAAUCUAGUGCAAAAGUGGUUGACGCGGAAGGUUUGGUUAAGGCGCAGAGGCAGACAAGUAUGGAUUUGGGGGAUGAGGAUUGCGCUGAUGUCGCUUCUAGGUUCAGGGUUUCCACCAAUCAGGCACCACCUGAGCACUUAAAAAAAAGUAUGGCUGAAGACAACGCGUUCAAGAGCGCCUCGAAAUACAUUAGGGGAACUAUUAACAGUUGCGAAGAGGAAGAAAUAUGGGAACUGUAA